UGGCCGAGAGAAAUAGCAGCCAAUAGGGAGCAGUGUUAUUGGGAAGGUGGUGCUGUGAGGCUGGGGGGGAAGCAAUGGCGGCCAUGUUGGGGCGGCUGUGUGUGCAGGCCGCUGGUGGCAGGCUUUUCCUGCUACAGCCAAUUGCAGUCCAGCCCAUCCAGCUCCGCUCAGCAUCAGCCCUCACCUAUAGCAAGGAUCUACCUAUCGGCCACCCCUCCUUGAAGCCUAUAGGCACCAUCCCAUCCUUCCCCAUCCCAUCGCCCUCCUGGAACCACCAGCAGAUCCGCACAAAGGCGCGUGGGAACAAUUAUCAACCCAACAACCGUAAACGCAAACGGACCCACGGGUGGAUCAAACGUAUCAGCACACCGGCUGGGAUCGAGGUGAUCCUGCGACGGAUGCUGAAGGGCAGGAAAUCACUGACACACUGAGGGUUGAAUGUGGGCUGAGAUGGAGCAAAGCCCUUGGAGCUGACAUGGGUUUGGAGCUGUUAUAGGUUUGGAGCUACCCAGCUUGAUGCCUUGUAUUAAGAGUGGGGCUGUGAUGUGGCCAUGCAUCUAAUGUAUUGGGUGUUACACUGAGAUUGGCCUCUAAGGGCUCUGUUUGAUGGCUGCUUUCUGCUUUUUCUCAUUGUGUGUGAUUAUAAGAUGACCUUGUGAUAACACAAGGAGGAAUUAAAGCCUGGCAACUCUCACUGA